CGCUGUAGUGGCGCACCCUCAUCAACGACGCGGUAACUGGAAGAGCCGACUCAACACAUCCCGAGGCCAGAGCACUGCUUGCACCACGAUGUUCUGUAGUUCAAGGGCUGCGAUCAACCUUGAUGUGGUUUCAAAGCGGACAGUUCUGGUGGAUCAUUGGCCCACGUGUUCACAACACCCAUCGUCUGGUUGGAGUAUUUUCUGUUCCGAGGAAAGGAUUGCAUCGCAGUGUCUAUGGAACCCAAGAGAUUCUGACAUGUAGCUUUAAGUGAAAACAGCAGCAUGACAGACAAACCCAAAAUUCAUGUGUUCAUGGGUGCCCCUCCCCUCACACCUGUGUCUGAUGUUGAUGAGGGAAAGUCUGGUCAGUGGAGGACCAUGGAGCUCUGCUGGCAGGGGGGCAGACUGAGGGCCAGGGAAGAUGAGGGUGUGAUCCAUGGAAGUGACGGUCGAGGUGAGGUUGACGCUUCAUCAGAGCCCGGAGAGCUGCCCAGUACCAGCAAGCACGGUACCAGUCUCCAAGGUCCUGAGACCCAAACCGGGUUCCCCUUACAGAGAGAACCAGGCUGUAAAGAGACAACCCAGGCUGGCCUGGCCCCUUUGGCGAGCUCAACUCCCCAGAAUGAGCAAACAGUCAUUAAUGAUGAGGACAUGUGUUCUGAAUCAGUGAAGGAGUAUCUGGACAGCUGCUUCCCUGCCGGGCAGCCUGACCCAGGGCCUGAGUCUGCCCCUGAGAGAGCAGGCAUCCAGUCAGAUCCAGCCCCUGCUCAGUCUGUGUCUGUGGAGACGGAGUACCUCAGUGCAUGGACAGUCAGUCAGGCCCUGCUCCUGAGAGGAAGACUGGGGGGACAACCAGAAACCAGCCCUGUGAAAACCAGACUUCCACAAACGCCACCUAAAUCCACGCCAUCCACUUUCACCAGCUCCCCAGAGCUGUACAGCCCAGCCACCCCCACUCAGUCCCCCAGAGAGCGGGGCCAAGGAGGGACCCAGCAGGGCUCCAUGGAGCUCUUCUAUGAGCCCCUGCUGAGCCAGAGGCAGGAGGAAGGAGGGGUGAUACUGGAGGCCACUGCUGAUGGGAUGCUCUGCUCUCAGGGUAACCCAAUGGGGAACAAAGAAGUGGGUGUAGUCUCCAAAAGCCCUCUCCCAUCACCUAGAUCCCCUGUAAAUACCUCACCGGCACCCCCAGCCCCUAAAAGGAGUAAAGUCUCCCCCACAAUAGGCAGAACUGAUAAGUCAUCAGACCAGACUACAGGGAAGGGUUGUGUUACUUCCCAAGCCCACACCACCCUGGCUAGAUGUGGCACCCAGGGAGUGCGUUACUCCAUCUUAGUGGCCGUGGUGCACCCGUGUCAUCUGAAGGAGAUCAGAGUGAGGUCCGGGGCGUCUGCUGGCUCCUGUAUCCCCCUGGCCUCUGUGGUGGUUACUGACCAAUCAGAAGUGGAGAUGAAGGUGGUCCUGUGGAGGAGGGCAGCAUUCUGGGCCCUGACUGUGUAUUCUGGAGAUGUGCUGCUCAUCACUGGUGUGAUGGUGAAUGAGGACAAGUGGAGAGGAGAGACGGUUCUGCAGUCGUCGUACAGCAGCAAGCUCCUCAACCUGGGCCAAGUCACUGGCAGCAGCUCACCUCUAGUCCCACAGAAUGUGAAUGGCCGGACACUGAGGUCUCUGUGUGGUUACCUGCGUGAGAAGCGUCCCCUGCUGGUGUCCCUCCCUCCUCGCGUCCCUCAGGAUCCUAACACCAUCGCCCACGCCCGUCUCAGGACCCUGAGACCUGACACACUGGUGCAUGCCCUGCUUCGAAUCACACACACUGAGAUGAUCACAGGGUGGCGAGCCGAGGCAGAGGGCACGUCCAGGGUAGGAGGAGUACUGAAGGCUGUGCUGACUGUAGAGCAGGGGGAUGGACAGCAGGGGGCAGUGGUGCUCUGGGGAGCUGCCUUGACCUGGCUGCAGCGUAUCAACAGGAACAAAGAUGCAGUGUGGGUUUUCCGUUUGCUCCUGGUAAGAGAGAGUAUGACGACAGGCCUGCUGGAGCUGCACUCCACCCCCUGGGGCUCCUGUGAGCCUCUCUUCCCUGACGACAUGCGGGCGCUGGAGUUCUACCGGCCAGGCCCUGCCAAACAUACCAGCACCAGCUUGGAGAUAGACCUGCACACUCUCCUGUCCCAGAAGUACACUGGUGAUGUGGAACUGAGAGUUCACGUCACAGCGUUCCAGUUUCAAGGCAGCCCCUCCCAGAAUGCACUGCAGCGGAUGGACAGCGACACGCAUCUGGAGAGUAUCCUGGACACAGUGUCAGGUGACAUCACGUUCACAGGUUGUGGGCGCUGCGCUGCCGAGCUGGACACCGAUGACAACGGGAUCUACUGUCCCUGCUACCCCUGCCUCCCCCAUACUGGAGUACGACGCUAUUACAGGCCAGUAAUACUGACAGUGAAGAAUGGGGAAAGCCAGGUGUGUGUGCAGGUGCCACCUGUCCUGCUGCAGAAGAUGCUGCUCGACACUCCUCCUGACAAGCUGAGCAAGACGGUCGCUCCAGGGUCAGAUGUGAGGUUAGUCCAGGUAGUGGCUGAGAGGAUUUAUUCCUUGCUGUCCAUUCCCAGACGCACCUUCCUCCUUACCGUCCGUAGCCACUUCCUGUGUGACGAGAACAGUGUCCCCACUGCCCAGGACUUUCUACUGCUGGAUUUUCAUGACCCCAAAUCAUAACAUGUCUCGGCUCACUUGAAUCAACUCCAAAUGUCACAUGAAUGUAUUUGUACUACCCUACCACAGUCAUCACAGAUCUUUCAGGUAUGUUUAGGCCUCCCUGAAAGUACAAUGUUGAUAUGUAAAAUGGUGUCAUGUUUGUAUGAAUUUGUUGGAAUAUUAAUCAUUUUUCCUUGUGAAAUAAAAAUAUAUAUUUUCAGUGUACAAA